AAGGACUAGGACAGGCCCCGAGGGCAGAAUUGAAGGAGGCGAGGGCACAAUUAGUACAAAAUUCGACUCUUCACGCCUGCUCUUAAGUCUUAAAUGUGCUAAUUAAGCUAAUAGUCAGGCGGUCGGGAAAAGCCCGUGUAAAGUAGAGGCGAAGAAAGUAGAGGGAAAAUGUCGUACCGAAACUCUAAGUAAAUGUCGUAGGGUCAUGAUACAAAACCCACCAAAACAGCCGAAGAACGCAACGGGCGGCGAAACGUUAAGCAGAAUCGGGAAUGGUUCAGAAGGGAUCACCUGUAUCAGCACAAUUUCACUGACCUGCUCUAAACAUCUGAUGCUAAUUUCGCAAUGGUCGUAAUGGGAGGGAAAGGGUGACCCUGUAUCGUUCUGUAUGGUGCGGAUUUCUUCAGCUGCUGCUGGUGUUACCUUCUGCGGAAGGAUGUGAAUGCUUGUUGGUUUGUUGUUUGCGAGUUACUGCGAACCACUCACAGCUUUCAGUCUCACCAGUCACUCAUCAAUGGGUUGAUGGAGAAGAGACCAAUUUGGAAGUCCUGAGUACAUGCCUGCUGCCUUCAAAAAGAGACGCGGAGAAAACCUCUAUGAAUGCCAAACGGAAGGUGGAGACUUUGUAGGAAUUUGGGUUGUAAUCGACCUUGGGACAUGCUGCACAAUAGGUGUGGUUUGGUUUCGGUGGACCAGUGGUUCAGGGUGGAGCCUGGAGCGAAGAGAUACGCGGGCUGGUGUGAAGUACCGUUAGUUAGGAUUCUCAGGUGGCUGCCGAGAAAUUGAUCGAGACGUCGACUGUGUUUCCGCCAUCAUUCUGAUAUAGCUGAUGUGCUGUAAAAUGCACAAUUUGUGAAAGUCUACAAUCUGUUUGCCAUGGCUAAACACGACAGUGGUGAGGAGGGCAUUUACGAGGGCGAGGGUGAUGGAGAGGAGGACUACGGUAUCAUGGCGGACAGAGGACGGGGUCGUCCACCAAAACGAAAGCCUGCAGCCUAUUACGACGAUGCAGAGGCUUUGGAAGAAGACUGGGAAGACGAUGGGGAGCCAGGGAAUGAAGACGAAGAAGUUAUGGAGAUUCUCAAGAUGGAACAGAGCGAAGACUUUUGUGGCGUCUGCGGCCUCGGUGGGAAGCUUUUAUGUUGCGAUACUUGUCCAGCAGUCUACCAUUUGGGCUGUCUCGAUCCACCUCUGAAAAUUGCCCCAAUGGGCAAGUGGAGUUGUCACAUAUGCGUUGAUCCCUUGGAAAAUUUGGAGAAGAUAGUGGACUGUCAGAUGAAACCACUCAAGGGACCUAACAGGAGUGGAGCUGAGGAAGGUGCUGGUCCUUCAUCUCGUCUCGUGAAGCAAUAUCUGGUCAAGUGGCGUGGGAAAUCGUAUUUGCAUUGUUCCUGGGUGAAGCAGGAGGAGCUUGACAAAGCAAUGAAAACGUUUUCUUGGAUUCGGAUGAAGCUGAAUCAUUUCCAGCGCCAACUUGAAGCAGCCAAGAAGUUGAGCACCUCGGACGAAGAUCGCGUGUCCAUCCGACCUGAAUGGACAACUGUUGAUCGUAUACUGGAUAGCAGGCAAAAUGGUGACGUGAAAGAGUACUUUGUGAAGUGGAAAGAUCUCGGUUACGACGAGUUAACCUGGGAAGCUGAGGAUGACAUUGCUCCCUUCCAGGCUGAGAUCCACAAGUAUGGUGUUUUGAUGCAAAAAGGUGCAUCAAAAGCUUUAAUGAAAAGGAAGAUUGCUGCCGGGCUGGAAGUCAAAGAAACAAAGCGACGGAGGAAAGAAUUCAAAUCAUACAAGAAGACACCGAAAUUCCUGUCUGGAGGAACUCUUCACCGUUAUCAGUUGGAGGGUUUGAACUUUCUACGAUUUGCAUCACAGCAAGAAAAGCACUGCAUUCUCGCGGAUGAAAUGGGCCUUGGUAAAACUGUUCAAACCAUUGCAUUUCUGGCAGCUCUUGCUGAAGAGGGUUUACCAUUUCCCCUACCGCAUCUGAUUGUUGCACCAACACCAACCCUACAGAACUGGGAACGCGAGUUUUCUACUUGGGCGCCUCAUCUGAAUGUUGUUUUAUAUGGUGGUUCAAGCGAGGCUAGAGCAUUUAUUAGAGAUUUCGAGUUCUACUACCCAAACAAGCUGAAGGGAUUGAAAGACAAAUCCAAGAAGAAGCAGAUGGCGGAUCUGAGGCAAAGCAAGCAGGAACGCAUAAAGUUUGAUGUCCUUUUGACAUCCCAUGAGAUGGUUGGGCUGGACCAUUCAAUUUUGAAAGCAAUCAAGUGGGAGUGUCUUAUUGUGGACGAAGGACAUCGCUUGAAAAACAAAGAUCUCAAGCUGUUUCAAACCGUGGAAGCUUUUAAUGCACGUCAGCGGGUGCUACUAACUGGGGCUCCGCUACCGAACAACAUGGAUGAACUUUUGGUUUUGAUGCACUUCCUUGCUGCAAACAAGUAUGUUAGCCUUGAGGAGUUCCAAGAAGAGUUUCGGGAUCUUCAUCAUGAAGAACAGAUUAUGAAACUCCAAAAGUUACUGACACCCCAUAUGAUGCGAAGAGUAAAGCGGGAUGUUUUGAGAGAAUUGCCGACAAAGAAGGAGCUUAUUCUACGCGUAGAAUUGACUCCCUUACAGAAGGACUACUAUAAGAAGAUAUUGACUCGAAACUAUCAAGUUCUGUCGCGUCCGGGUGGACCCCAGAUUGCGCUCAACAACGUUAUGAUGGAGCUUCGAAAGUUGUGUGCUCACCCAUUUAUGCUUGAUGGAGCUGAACCUUUUUCUAGAAAUGAAACAGAAGCAAACAGGCUGAUGUUGGAAGCAUCUGGGAAGCUUAUUCUUCUGGAGAGGAUGAUGGCAAAGUUGAGAGUACAAGGGCACCGGGUACUUAUAUACUCGCAGUUCACCCGUAUGCUUGAUAUUCUUGAGGAGUGGCUCCUUUAUAAGAAAUGGGGUUAUGAGCGCAUUGAUGGAAAGAUUAAUGGUGCUGAUCGUCAAAUUCGAAUCGAUCGCUUCAAUGCACCGAAUCCGACAAAGUUUUGCUUCUUGCUUUCAACUCAAGCUGGAGUGGGGAUCAACCUUGCGUCUGCUGAUACUGUCAUCAUAUAUGACAGUGACUGGAACCCCCACGCGGAUCUACAAGCUAUGGCUAGAGCUCAUGUCAUGAUAUUCAGACUGAUUACGAAGGGUACCAUUGAGGAGCGAAUGAUGCAAAUGACGAAGAAACGAAUGGUGCUGGAGCAUCUCGUAAUGGGACGUGUCAAGACCCAGGUCUUUCACCAGGAGGAAUUGGAUGACAUGUUAAGGUUUGGAGUGAAAGAAAUUUUUGCAGAAGGAAAUGAGAUGGCGAGAAGCCGUCCAAUAUACUACGAUGACGCCGCAAUUGAGAGGUUGUUGGACAGGUCACAGCUUGAUGGAAUGGAGGACCGAUUGGAUGAAGAGGAAGCCAAUGAUCUAGCUAGAGCUUACAAGGCGCCGCAUCAUGAUUACAUACAUGAUGAAGAUGGAGAGGAUGUCAAAAGACAGUACGGAAAUGAUCGUCAAGCAGCCCGUUCAGAUGCUUCCGAGCGUUCAUAUUUUUGGCAUAGUCUACUGAAGGAUAAAGUCGAAAGGCAACAGUUAGAGGAUUCGGAGGAUCACAAAGGCAAGAGGAGCAGGAAACAGUACUCGGGAUUGCAUCUGGAGGAGGAUGAUCUAGCUGGAAUGGCAGAUGUCAGUUCUGAUGAGGAAGAUUAUGAUUAUCCGCCACACAAUGAUCACGAAUCAUCUGGUUAUAUGAGAGAUAUGCAGGAUGGCAGAAAGUUCCAACCUCCGAAGAAGAAGGCGCGAGAGGAUCCACCGGAGGAGCGCUCGGAGCCACACCCACUCAUGGAAGGGGACGGCAGGUCGCUGAAAGUACUAGGAUUUACUCAAAAACAGCGGGCUAUAUUUGUACAAGUUUUAAUGAGGUACGGUCUUGGAGAUUUUACUUGGAGCGAAUUUAUACCCCGUUUGAAACAAAAGUCUCGAGAGGAGAUCAAGGAUUAUGGAACUCUUUUCCUCAGUCACAUUGCGGAGGACAUCUCUGACUCAUCAACCUUCAGUGAUGGAGUGCCGAAGGAAGGGUUACGAAUACAAGAUGUUUUGGUGCGUUUGGCAGUUCUUCACUUGAUUGGGGACAAGGUGAGGCUGUUGCACGAAAAUCCUCAAGCUCCUCUUCUGUCAAUAGGUGCUCAGAACCAUCGCUACUACUCUUUGAGAAAUACUAAAGUAUGGAAAGAAGAGCAUGAUCGCAAGCUCUUACAAGCCAUAUUGAAGCUCGGAUAUGGCCGUUGGCAAGCUAUUGUGGAUGAUCCUGAUUUAGGACUGCAGCCUGUCAUUCGGAAUGAAAUUCUUCUGAGAGAAAACACUGGCGAUGGAAGGCCAGCUGAUGGCGAAGGCGGGAUGGGUAGUUCAACUCAAAAUGCAGAAAGCCAGUUGGAAGGGGGUUCAGAGGAUAAAGGCAGUGAUGAUGAGAUACCCAUGGACAGUUUAUUACCCGGUGCAAAUAAAGAAACCUCGGAGGCCUACAUGCAGAAGAAGAUGGUUGAUUUUGUAAAGCGAAGGGUCCUCGUUUUGGAGAAAGUUUUGAAUGCGGAAUAUCUGAAGGAGACAUCAGAUCCUAUGGUGCCCGAAGAAUCUGCCCCGGUUGUUGUCGAAGCGCGGUCAAAAGUACCAAGUGCAGCUCCCAUGGAUGGCCAAGAUAGCCGAGGCCAAAGCAGCAAGAACAGACAAUCUUUUCAGUAUCCAAUGCCUUUGGACUCACCUUUUUUAAUGGCUCAGUUCCAAGCAGGAGUGCUGCUGGGCAUAACUUGAACCCGAUGAAAUUUCAGCGGCAGCUGUUGAUGAUGAUCCUAACCGCUUGAAGGUUGCUCAUAUUUAUGGCCAGAUGUGCGAGUUGAUGCUGGAGAAUCAAGGGGACGCCGAUCAAGCCUACGUGGGCAACAAGUCUGCAGGUCUCCGAUUGAGAAAAAGUCUUCGGCAGUUGGACACCCUCUGUUUAGAGAUGAGAAAGGCCCUCUUUGGACAACCUCUUCAGUCGAGAAAAUCCAGGACAAAGCCCGAGGACGCAGAGGGUCAUGAACUGGAUGCACAAUCUGAUGAGAAUGAUGAUGCCGGCGUUGAUUCUGAAAACGACAAUGAUGCGAAGAUGGAUGAGAAAGUGAAGGAGCCUUUAUCAAGUAGUGACACUGGACACAGCAGUGCCGAAGAGCCUUCUCCGGAGGAGCAGCAAGGAGUGGGUAGAGGGGGCGAUUAUUCAUCAGAAAACGAAGAGAAACCAACCAAACGGUUUGAAGCUACAACUUUCGCUCAGAAUUACGCUCCGAGUUUACAACACAGAUAAUCCUUUCACGGAUUUAGAGGAAGUGAAACCACUAGUAAAAGUUCCAUAUCGAGUUUCUUGAAGAUACUGUUAAUCAACGGAGAUGGACAACUUCAUUUCACAUUAGGUCAUGCAUAUCCGAAGAGGGUCUUCACUGAGAUAAUUCAAAUUGUACUUACUCUCUAUGACAGAUAAAAUCCAUUUUGAAUCAGACUAACCUCAGCUUGUAGAUUCAGUGACAUUCUAAGUCAGUGGUACUGAGAUUGCAUGACAGUGCGGUAACAGUCGAGCUUGUGUAAAAUACUUUCCUGAAGUAGUGAAAACACUUGACUAAGCAGAACUGUAGAAAUGCCAAGUAGAACUGAAUUGUUCCUUUAGUUCUAUUACAGCUUAUGUUUGGAAAUUCAAUUUUACUCUUCACCCAACAGCGAAGACAAGAGUAUCUUCACUUUUCUUUUGGGAUUGUUCUAAUAAAACAUACAUUGUCCCU